CAGUUUGACCAUUUCCGAUGGCGCCCCCCACCUUCUCUUACCUUCUCCGCCCACUGCUAUUUCGCCUAUAAAUUCACCGCCUUUCCGUCGUUCUUAUCCCUUCAGACGCUGUCCAUUCAAUUCGAGCCCCGGAGAACACGAAACGAAAAAUAAUUGAGAGAUGGGCAACUGCAUCGGUUUGCAGAAGCCGGUGACGUGGGUAGACGACGGCGACGGCGACGGCGACGACGACUGGGGAUUCGCGACGCGCAAGCUCUCAAGAAAGCAUCAGGAGGGAGCGGCGACAGUUGACAUUGAGGAGCAGGUGAAGGCCGCGGCGAAGUCGACGGAGAUCAGGAUCAAGAUCAGCAAGAAGCAACUGGAGGAGCUGCUGAAGCAGGUGGAGGCGGAGGGCUUGCCGCUGCUGCAAGUUCUCGCCGGCUUAGGCGAGGUCGAGAGGCAUUGGAGGCCGAAGCUACAGAGCAUACCGGAAGUAGCGGAGUAGAAUGAGAUCUGUUGUGUGAUUAUAUAUGGCUCAUCGUUUUCUCCAUUUUAGCUAAGUGUUUUGUGAAUAUGUAUAAAUCAGGAAGAAAUAUAGUGCACAGAUGCAUAUAAACUUUUUA